UCGACAUCAUCCGGAGUCAUCUGGAGAUCAUGAAGGUUUAGUGACAGAAAAGGAAGUUAAACGAGAAGAAAAGUUACUAGAGUUGAUUAUAAGACAAAAGUAAGUGAAGAAACAGGAUUAGAGUAAGAAGCAGAAGCGGUAAAGAUGAUCGCUUCACAUCUCCUGGCGUACUACGUUACCGAGUUCCAUCAUGACCAGGUGCAGAAAGUGGAUCGCUUCCUGUACCAUCUCCGUCUGUCCAAUGAGAACCUGAUGGACUUAUCCCUGCGCUUCCGGAGGGAAAUGGACAAAGGCCUGGGCAGAGACACCAACCUCACCGCCGCGGUCAAAAUGCUGCCCACAUUCGUGCGCUCCACACCUGACGGCACAGAAAAAGGCGACUUCCUGGCGCUGGACCUCGGAGGGACAAAUUUUCGAGUCCUUCGUGUUAAAGUUUCCUCAAACGGCAAACAGACCGUGGAGAUGGAGAACCAGAUUUAUGCCAUUCCAGAGACAAUGAUGAGGGGCAGUGGGACUGAGCUCUUUGAUCACAUCGCUGAAUGUUUGGCUAAUUUCCUGGAGAAACUGGGCAUCAAAGAGAAGAAACUGCCUCUGGGCUUCACCUUCUCCUUCCCCUGCCUGCAGACCAAACUGGACGAGAGCAUACUAGUGUCGUGGACCAAGGGCUUUAAGGCGAGCGGGGUGGAGGGGAAGGACGUCGUGGAGCUGCUGAGGAAAGCCAUCAAGAGGAGAGGGGACUUCGACAUUGACAUUGUUGCUGUGAUCAAUGACACCGUGGGCACCAUGAUGACCUGCGGCUUCGACGACCAUCACUGUGAGAUCGGCCUUAUCGUGGGUACGGGUACGAACGCAUGCUACAUGGAGGAGAUGAGGAACCUGGAGCUGGUGGAGGGAGACGAGGGCCGCAUGUGUGUGAACAUGGAGUGGGGAGCGUUUGGAGACGACGGAGCUCUCGAUGACAUUCGCACAGACUUCGACUACGAGAUCGACGCCGGAUCUUUGAACCCCGGCAAACAGCUGUUUGAGAAGAUGAUCAGUGGGAUGUACAUGGGUGAGCUGGUGCGCAUCAUCCUGGUGAAAAUGGCUAAAGAGGGACUGCUGUUUGAGGGGCGAACCACACCUGAGCUGCUCGUCACCGGUCACUUCAAAACCAGCUUCAUCUCAGCCAUUGACAACGACAAGAGUAAGGAAGGCCUGGUGUGUGUGGAGCAGGUUCUGCGUGAUCUGGGCCUGGAUCCAUCUCCUGAGGACUGCGUGGCAGUGCAGCGUGUGUGUCAGAUCGUGUCGACACGAGCGGCUCACCUGUGUGCGGCGUCGCUCACCGCCGUGCUGCGCCAAAUCCGUGACAACAAGGCCGUGGAUCGGCUGCGCACUACAGUCGGCGUUGAUGGAUCUGUUUACAAGAACCACCCGCAGUUUGCGCGACGGUUACACAAGAUGGUUCGCUGUCUGGUGCCUGACUGUGACGUGCGUUUCAUGCGCUCGGAGGACGGCAGUGGGAAGGGUGCCGCCAUGGUAACGGCGGUGGCCUACAGGUUGGCGAAGCAGCACGCCGAGCGCCAGCAGGUCUUGGACACGCUGAGACUCAGCCGAGAACAGCUGAUGGAGGUGAAGAGGAGGAUGGAGGUGCAGAUGAAGAGGGGACUCGCUCGGGACACCCACGACUCGGCAUCCGUCAAAAUGCUUCCCACCUACGUCAGAGCCACACCCGACGGCACAGAGCAUGGAGAUUUCCUGGCACUGGAUCUCGGUGGGACGAACUUCCGUGUGCUGCUGGUUCGAGUGCGCAGCGGGAAACGGCGCAGUGUGGAGAUGCACAAUAAGAUUUACACCAUCUCACAGGACAUCAUGCAGGGCACAGGGGAAGAGCUGUUUGACCACAUCGUCCACUGCAUCGCUGACUUCCUGGAGUACAUGGGAAUGAAGGGUGCGUCGUUACCUCUGGGAUUCACCUUCUCUUUCCCCUGCCACCAAGCUGGAUUGAACAAGGGCAUUCUGCUGAAGUGGACAAAGGGCUUUAAGGCCAGCGGUUGUGAAGGUGAAGACGUAGCGAUGCUGCUCACAGACGCCAUCCAUCGCAUGGAGGAGUUUGAUCUGGAUGUUGUUGCCGUGGUGAACGACACGGUGGGGACGAUGAUGUCUUGCGGAUACGAGGACCCUCAGUGUGAAGUGGGGCUCAUUGUAGGUACGGGUACGAACGCAUGCUACAUGGAGGAGAUGAGGAACGUGGAGCUGGUGGAGGGAGACGAGGGCCGCAUGUGUGUGAACAUGGAGUGGGGAGCGUUUGGAGACGACGGUGAGCUCGACGACAUCUGCACCCCGUACGACCACGCUGUGGACGAACACUCCACCAAUCCUGGCAAACAGAGGUUUGAGAAGAUGAUCAGCGGUAUGUACCUCGGGGAGAUAGUCAGGAACGUCCUGCUGGAUUUCACCGCCAAAGGUCUGCUGUUCCGAGGGAAGCUCUCAGAGAGACUGAAGACCCGCGGCAUCUUUGAGACCAAGUUUCUAUCCCAGAUCGAGAGUGACCGCCUGGCUCUGCGGCAGGUUCGCUCCAUCCUGCAGCACUUGGGACUCACCAGUAGCACGUGUGACGACAGCAUCCUGGUGAAGGAGGUGUGCAGUGUGGUGUCUCAGAGAGCGGCCCAGCUUUGCGGCGCUGCGCUCGCCGCCGUCGUCGACAAAAUCCGUCAGAACCGCAACCUGAACUUGCUCAGCAUCUCCGUGGGAGUCGACGGAACCCUGUACAAGCUUCACCCACACUUCUCCAGCAUCCUGCAGGAGACUCUGCGAGAUCUGGCGCCCCAGUGCGAUGUCACUCUCCUCCAAUCAGAGGACGGCAGCGGGAAGGGCGCCGCCCUGAUUACAGCUGUAGCCUGUCGCUUGAAAAACGAAUAAGGGCGGCGUCAUGCGCCGAGAGGAAGAAUAUAUACGGGAUGGACAGGAGGAGAAAAAAAAAUGAAAAGGAGAAGGAUCAACUUCAGCUUGAAACUUUGUUCUUCCAGAAAUGAUCAGCGCUGUACUGAAACUGUGUGUGUGUGUGUGUGUGUGUGUGUGUGUGUGUGUGUGUGUGUGUGUGUGUGUGUGUGUGUGUGUGUGUGAGAAGGGGUUGUAGAGGGAUCAUGUGACCUGAAUGGUAAUUUAUUUGGAACAUUACUGUAUCAUCUGCUUAUUAGUGUCUGGAGAGAUUUACAUUUUGUUCUUGAAGGCCUGGUUUCCAGACUCUGAACAUCUCCUCGAGGUUCUCCUCACGGUUCUUCUCACACCUGUGAGGCUUCUGGAGCUUCUCCGUUGUGUUCGGCCUACUGUAGCUACUCACCGGCUGCUUCAAUCGUCAUGGGUAUUGUAAUCGUUAUCGUUAUUCUGGGCUCGGCUCAGUGAUCCUGCUUUCUUUCUUGCUACGCCAUUAAACCGAGCUGUACAGA